AUGCAACACAAUGAUACAAGUUCAAAUAAUUUAUUUACAAAUAUUGAACGGUUAGGUACACGUGAUUUAUUAUCCUAUGGACAACUUUCAUAUAAUAUUAUAUUAACAUCAAUCCAAAGUAAUAAUACAUUACCAUUAUCAGUUAAUAGUUUAUUUGAUCGCUUAUUUUUUCAUCAUGGUUUUGAUUUAACAUUAUUAUUACAAAUUCUAAUUGAAAUAUAUGUAAUACAAAUUAAUAGUAUAUUACUUGAACAAAGAACUAAAGAAUAUAAUGAAUUAUAUAUAAAUUUAAUUGAACGUAAUUAUAAAUUAAUAACUAAAACUUAUGCAUAUACAUUAUGUUUAUUUUUACUUGAAAGUCAUGAAGUUGAUUUAAAUUCAUAUGAUAUUUGGUUAUUAUUAAUUAAAGAUGAUAAUUUAACACAAAAACUUAUAUCAAUUAGUCUUGAAAAACUUUUAAUAGUUGAACAAACAAUAAUUGAUAGUUCAUCAAUAAUAUCAUCAUCAGAUAAUAUUCUUACUGAACUUGUUGAAGAAUUAUAUGCACGUACAAAACAAUCAUCAACAUUACCAUAUGAAGCUUUACUUUUAUUACGUCCUUUAUCAUUAUUACUUGCACACAUUAGUUUUUUUUUCGUGCUUUAA